AAUGAGAUGAAUGGAGUGAAAGAAAAAUUGGACAAAUUUAGUGAGAUUGAUUCAUCUCUCGCCAUCAAAAUAAACGACACUCAAAAAACAUCUUCAAGUAUAAAAGAUGAGUUGAAAAAUAUGAAGAAUGAAGUGAGCCAACUCGACUCCAAAAUAUUGAUUGGAAAUACCAAAUUGAACGCAAACCUGACUGAAGCAAAUUCGAGGAUGAACAAAAUGUUUUCGAUAUCCGGAUGGUUCAGAGCAAGCAAUAAUCUCAUUUACAAACGUUUCACUUAUUCUGUCAACUACGCUACUGCAAAGGCUCAAUGUGAAAGAUUGGGAGCUCGUUUGGUAUCAACUGGGAUGAGGAACAACCAAGUAAAAAAUGAAAUAUUUCCGAAACAUUACUUAACCAGAGGAUCAUGGAUUGGAUUGGACGACAUCAGCCACGAAGGAAUUUGGGUUUGGUCGGAUGAUGUUAAUGGAUCGCCAAGUGCAAUAUGGGCAUCGGGGGAACCUAACGGGGGUUCAUCCGAAAACUGCGUAAUAAUAUUCUAUAAUACAAAGAUUGUUGGUAAUGAUGUAGCCUGUUCAGCUGUCAAUCGUUUUGUUUGCGAAAGGGAAUUUGAAUAAUAUAUUUUUUAAUCAAAAUUUCGUUUCACAAAACUUAUCUUGAUUGUAUUUUCAAGUAUUGUUUAUUACUGAGAUUUCAUUGAUUAACACUAUGACGAUAGGGAAAUGUGAAGGCAUUGAAAAAAUCUGAAGUUUUUCUAAUGAAAUUGACAAUUCACGUUAUUAUUUCAUUUCAUCAUUUAUAAUACCACGUAAUGCAUAAUGUUCAUGAACAUUCGUUAUAUGAAAAUAUUGUUCGAUUUUAUUCCUAAACCAUUGUUUUAUAUUGUGAUCUAAGAUGUCUUAACGUUUUAAAAAGUAUUUCAAUAU